CCUGUACUGUGUCCGCAGUCUUUGGUCAUCUCCUGUACUAUGUCCGCAGUCUCUGGUCAUCCCCUGUAGUGUGUUCGCAGUCUCUGGUCAUGUCCUGUACUGUGUCCACAGUCUCUGGUCAUCCCCUGUACUGUGUCCGCAGUCUCUGGUCAUCUCCUGUACUGUGUCCGCAGUCUCUGGUCAUCUUCUGUACUGUGUCCGCAGUCUCUGGUCAUCUCCUGUACUGUGUCCGCAGUCUCUGGUCAUCCCCUGUACUGUGUCCGCAGUCUCUGGUCAUCUCCUGUACUGUCUGCAGUCACUGGUCAUCUCCUGUACUGUGUCUGCAGUCUCUGGUCAUCUCCUGUACUAUGUCUGCAGUCUCUGGUCAUCUCCUGUACUGUGUCCGCAGUCUCUGGUCAUCUCCUGUACUAUGUCUGCAGUCUCUGGUCAUGUCCUGUACUGUGUCCGCAGUCUCUGGUCAUCUCCUGUACUGUGUUUGCAAU